CUGAAGAGGAAAAAUGAGAUGAAUAAACCCGGUUAAUUUGUGAUGGGUGACUGCUUUGAUCUUCAAUGUCAGCAGGCACUAAGGAGACAAUUCCACAGCUGAUGUUUGACAUAAAAGGAAAUUGUCUAUUUAUAUCGAACCUUUCAUACAUAAUUCCUGAUCCUCACUCACUCAGACUAAUGGACGAUUAAAUACACAACAGCAUGGAUGCAAACUGCCAUCAAUCACCAAAUAAGAAGUUUAGCCUGCUGUUCAUUUUUGCAAUGAAAAUAUGCUUUCAAUAUAUUUACAAUGUUGGGUAAACAGGUCUCCAUGCAUCUAUGACCUAACCUAACCAUGGAGGAAACACAUGGACAGAUAGACCCAGAGGUGAAGGAUGAGCAGAGGAGACCGGUCACUCAGGCCAAGCAGUGGGAGUCCGUGGAGUCUAACACAGAGAGCUUGGCCCAGGAGCGUGCCUACCAACAGCAGCUUCCAGUGUGUGCCGACAGGGAGAAAACUGAGGUUUCCCAACAAGAUGACGGCGAAGAUGAAAAUCAGGGUUACGACAGCCUAGAGGAGUCGUCGGACCCCUAUGAGAGGAACUCCCGGCCCGUACAGACUGAAUAUUUGGACACACAGAUGGAUGAAAAAGAAAGAAGUCAGCUGCUCACCUCCUCUGACCUGUGCCACGACCCGAACCUGAGGGCCAACCUGAAGCAAAAUGGCCUCGUCUUCGAGAGGCUGCAGAUUCCUGCCGGGGAAAACAAUCAAGUCCCCAAAGAGGACGUUUCUGAGGCAGUGGAAAUAAAAGGGGGAUACAGGUAUAUCGUGGUUACAAGUCCGACUGAUGUGGCGACGCCGCAUAUAGCUGCCGGCAAGUCCAGUCAACCGUAUCACCUCCACCCAGAAGACGACCAGACGAGCACGUCCACGUCUUCCCACUGUGACAGCAGUGUUGCACAAGACAGCUCAGUGGAGAACAGUGGCACGUCGUACACAACGUCAGAGGAAUCUCAGACAGGAGACGUCCAGGAGACGUCCGCCGAGGUUUCAUCGAACAAAAAGCAACACAGGCGGGACAUAGUGGACCGCAACAAAAAGACCCUGGGGCGCAUUAUGCCCGAACGUGGCUCCUAUGUGAGGAAGCACGCGUUCAAGGAGGCGAUGACAGACGACAUGACGGAGGUGCUUGAAACUCUCGAAGACGCCACGACGGCACAAGACCGAAAACACGGCUCUGAGUCUGAGCACAACACACCUCCGUUGCCGAUAAGUGAGAGUAAGGAAUACCACAGCCCGUCUGGACAGCAGCAGCAGCAGCAGCAGCAGCAGCAGCGGCCUCCUGUCAUGGUCAAAGCCAAGAGAGGUUCCUUAAUACCACGGUCCACUGCCGUCUCUCAGCGUAAACCUCAGAAGAAACUGCCUUUACCCACCACCAUCAACGUCAACAUCAGCCUUAACAACACGUCCCAACUUCUGCCACUGCUCCAGCCGACCGACCAGGACGCCAUCGUCAACUUAGCGUCUCCUCACGGCGGUCCCCACUUGAGCCCCGUGUCUGAACUUUCCACAGAGUAUCAGCAGAAAGCAAGCCCGGGGAAGUCCUCCCACGUGUUGCGGGAAAAGCUAAACAUGGAGCGUAGCCCCGAACAAUGGCACAGUGUGUUGCAGUGGCCGUUAUCCUACGUGAAAGAGGUGCAGACUGAGCAGUUUACACAGAGUCUCCCCGAGACGCCGACCACUGCCGCCUCAUCGCAGAGCCGAGGCUCCUACAUGGUUCUUCCACCCAUAGGAAAGCAACUGACGGGCGGCGAGUCCAAGCUGUACUUCCACCAGAGUCUGAACACGGCCUACCUUAUCGACAGCCACAACUCUGAGAGCUACCUGCUUCGGAUGGAGAAGGAGAGGGUGUUGAGAGCGUCUUACAAGGAGGCACAAGUGUGGCAGAAAGGAGACAUAAACCAGCGAGACGUGCGCUCUGACUACACCAAUGUUGACAACAAAGCUGAGAAAAUGAAACGACAGAAGCUGUAUUCAAACGUGAUCCGCAACAUGAACAAAAACAUAAGUAGGAUUCCUUUUCUACCAGCCAAGGACCAGGAAGGCAGUGGCAGGAAGGUUCCCAGGGCGAAGGCCUUGGAAUAUGCCAAGACCAUAGCCAAACCUCGUGUAAAGCCUCAACUCAUCCAGAAGCAGGAGCACCAGCCUGAAGGCAUCGCUCAUCUCCUGCAGGGCUUAGACGUCUCCGAACUGGACAAGAUGGAACUCCUUAGAAAACGGCACGAAGAAGAAAAGAAGGCGGUGGCAUGCUUCAGAAAACAUGCUGUCUGAGGCAAGGUGCAGUUCACACAAUUUUUUCCCCCAAUCACUUUAAUGCAAUUUGCAAUUAAAUGGACAUUUAAAACACCUAAAUUACUCUGAUGCACUUGAAAGAAAUUGUUAAAGGUGUGUUUUGAAAAUUGGAUUGGAUCUGUGUCCCAAUUAAAAAAACUGACUAAGUUCUGAAGAACUGAUCUGCUGUGAUUUGACCUUACAAAAUAACACCAAAAACAUGUUUGAAAAAAAAGAAAAGUAAGGGGUUGGGCAGACUGCAUCCAUACUUGUAACAUUUAUUUAUAUAUAUAUAUAUAUAUAUAUAUAUAUAUAUGUAUAUAUAUAUAUAUAUAUAAGCAAAUAACUACAGCAGAGAGAAUCAGAUUCCUGUUUACAUCUUCACUCACACACUCAUUGUACCUCAAUGAUCGUUUUUAGGUGUUCUGUAUCGUCUAAUCGGUUUAAAUGUUUUAUUUUGCCACUUCUGUCUUGUGAAAUCCUCCACAUGUGCACACUUAAGUGUUAAGUAAUACACUAAUCAACCAAAUACUCAAGUUUUUUUGUUAGAAAAAGACGAGCUAAAGUGUCAAACGUAUACAAAUUGGUGUAGAAUGUAUCAGGUGAGCUUUUAGUCGCUGGUAAUUGUGUUCAUAAAACGACACAUGCUCAUAAAACUACACCUAAAAAUCACCUGAACUAACCUUCUGAGAUCUCUAUGGGACCAUAAGGACCCACCUUUUCUAUAUAUAUGCAGAUGUUUUUAUGUUACAUUUACAGUGAUUGAAGGGCGGUUUCACCCAUUUUUUUUGGUCAAACACGGUAAAGAGCAGUGUAGGGCUUUAUAUUUUCUUUAAAGGAAGUGACUUUGACUCUUUUUUUGUCAAUUUUAUAGAUUUUUUUUGUCAAUCCCAACUUCUUCUGUUCUCAGAUCCACUGUCUGAUGAUCAAAUAACACAUCCAUCUCUGGAAAUUGGUUAAAAACUGUAUAUUUUUUGGGGUGAAGUAGCCCUUUAAUAAUAUGUGUAUUAAUAAUAAUCAUAAUAAUAAUAAUAAUGAUAAUAUGUCAUUGGACGUAUGUAGAGGUAUGUACAGGAAGUCAUGUUACUGUGUGUUAGUGAAACCACACUGGGCUUCAUGAAAUUGUGCAAUAUCGCUGGCAUCUGUAAUGCUGCAUCACUGCCGCCUUCCUUUUCUCAAU